AGCAGAAUCAUCACAUACUGUUUCACUCUUUUCUGCUCAGAUCAGAUUAUGUUUCAUUGUAUUUGUUAAGAUGACAGGGAAUACAUGAACUUUUCUGAAAUCGGUAAACUUCUAUUUUCAAGGUAGACCAGAUAAAAAUCCAUCUUCAUGGCAGUCGUAAGUAAGGAACUCUUGUGGAGACGGAUAUCUUUGCCUCAAAUUGAAUCAUCCAUUUGGUUGGAACUGCUUCCAUCAGCUUAUCAACCAAAUGGAUGAUUCCAAAAACAACAUUAAGUAAGUGUAGAUAAGCGAGAAAGAGGUUCGUGAAGAUAAAAGAUUUGUGUUACAUAAACAUCAUACACUUACUUAAUGUUGUUUUUGAUUGUUAUGAGGAUCAAUAAUGUCUUUGUAUCUUAUUUUUCUUACAGCAAAACCUGUUGCAUAUUCUCUCAGGGAAUGGAAAAUUCUCUGCUUGAGGGUAAGACAAAACUACUUGAACUGAUGCACAAUCACAUAGUGUCCACUUCUCAGUUGAGUGCCAGCUUCAUUGUGUCGAAUCUUCGUGCUGUGACCUUGGCGGACCAGGUCCUGACAUUUAAUGUAACAACUGCUGGGUAGAUCCUGGUCAAUGGGGAGUCUGUUCUAGAGCUGGAUGUUGAAGUAAAGACUGGCCGUCUUCAUUCAGUGGAGGGGCUUCUAAUCCCUCCGUCCAUAGAGCCCACCAUACCUCACAGGUGUGACAUCAAAGAAACCAGUGUACUAAAUGUGUUCACAAAAUCAGAGGAAACAUUUGAGCUAAAUAUUGGGGGUACAAAAUGACCAAGAUAUAAUUGAGAAAGAUUGGAGUCAUCCAUAGAAUGCAGUUGGAGUAAUGGCAAUGUACAUUUACUUCAUUUGUUUCAAGAAUGCAUGUUACUGCAAGCUAGGCUUUUCUGGGGAUGGAAAGCAGUGUGAAGCGAUCAAUGUCUGUCUUAAAGAAUGCGCUUUUAUUAGGCUUUGAAUUGAAAACAUCAGAAAUUUGAUCUUUCCUUCCCCAUUGGUUGCAAGUAGAACUGAAUUAUAUAUAUAUAUACACACACACACACACACAUGAACACACACUGUAUAUACCUAUGGCUCAGCACCUCGGGUAUGUAGUUUCGUAUAAUCAGCCACAAGAGGGAGCUGAUGAUCUCCUAUUAUUUACAAGCCUCUAUUCACAUUUAACAACAAAUAUAUCCUGCGUCCCAAUGUGUAUACUUCCACCCUGUCUGCCCUAAAUAGUAUUGAAAAUAGGAUGCAGGCAUGGACUUUUGCUUUUCUAGACACUCAAAACGCUUACAUAGUCAGGUGGUAUCUCCUCAUCC